CAAAUGCACGUUAUACAGCAGCAGCAGCGCAUCCCCAGCAUAUACACACGCCGAUCCUCUUCUUCCUUGAGCCCCGCUCUUUAUUCCACAAUCCCCUUAAAUCCAUUCGGCAGGAGCGCUCGCUGCAAUCCGUUACCUGUCUGUCUCUUAUCCCUAUCUCUCUCUCUCCUCUUCCCUUUUCUCUCCCUUGUUGAUAUAUAUAUACACACAUGCUGCCGAAGAAAAUGUUAAUCAGAUCCCGCGCGCUACACAACCGGAUGUGUGUCGGUUUGAGCGCUGAUAUGGCUCAAAUGAGGGAUAUCAUAUUUUAGACCGUUAAUACAACGUAUAUUAUAUGGAACUGCGCAGCGCGCGUUACAUUUGUAUCGGAUUAUAAUCCACACACACAUACACAUCCGCGUCGUAUGUGUGUGGCCCAUUGUCAAAGCCGGGGUGCAGUGCACACGUUUUACCUCUGGGAGCGCGUAUCCUGCCCUGGCUGGGGAAAUUUAAUGCUUACUCACCGGAAAUAUCAUCCUCGACGCCUUUUUACGCCAGCCACCGAUAUCUAUCAGACGCCUGUACCCUUGCUGACACGGGGCGGUUUUUUUGCCUGCUUUCGCGUCUCUCUCUCCCUCUCCUGGUCAUCGCGGUGAGACGGCCUGGCAUGGGGUGAGGCCGUGAACACAUCAAGCUACGGCGUUAUCGCGAUAUCUAAUUGGGAUUUAUAUCUGAUGAUUUUACUGCCUUGAUCAGUUAUCCGCAAAUAUGAUUAUCAUGCAGCGCCGUUAAGGCACCGGCCGCGGAAUUAAUUAAGGGGGGUGCCUAAUAAUGUGCUGGUGGUUAACGUGUUGGGGUUAUGUCGGUGGAAUUGCCCGUGACGCGGAUUACUUGCCAGCAACAGCCGCAGUCGUUGUUGCACGUCCCGGUCGUCGUCGUGUUGUGUUGUUGUUGUUGUUGUGCGGGAUACGCUGAGAGACGUCUGAUCCCGCCAACAGCAUUGCCGUAUUGUGCCCGCUCGCUCCGACAACAGUAUGCCCAAACGGAAGAAUGACGCGCACCACAAACAGGACAAUGAUCUGGAGGCCCUGCCUAUUCCUAUUCAAAGCUACCUGUGGCGUCAGUUGAGCCCAUUUGUCCGUCCCUACAACCGGAAACUUCAGGAGACGUCUUGUGUGUCAUUUGAGCGCGUGGUGGUACAGAACAUUCUGCACGGUCUUUCGCCGAGCCUGUCGGACGCUAUCCAGAGUAUUCCCCGAUGGCGCUUCGUGGUGGCCAGCCUGCCCUAUGUGAUACACUGCUGUGUGGCCAGUCUGGAGUCCCGUCCGCACUGGCACCAUUCCCACGCCUCGGCGGCCGCGGUGGCGGCGGCCUCGGCGGCCGUCAUGGCGGCGGCGGAGGAGGGCGGGCCCCCGCCGCCCCCGGCCCCCCAGGCGCCCCCGCUGGGGCCCAAUGCGACCAAACUUUUGUACACGCUCCACUGGAUCUUGCUCGACGCGGCGGCCGAAUGCGCCGACCAGGAACGCGAACGGGAGCGCCAGGCCGGCCUCACGUCCUCCACUGCCAUCCCCGCCAAACCAGCUUCCCCACCCACCGAGCCUUAUCUCUUCCCUGUUACUUCCCUACAGGUUUUUGUUUACCUUUUUGCUCCGCUAUUGCCUCACCUGCGCACCUCGGACUUCACCAGCUUCCGGCUGGAGAACGGCCUGAAGAUCUGGCAGCCUUUAUGGGAGUACCGGCAGCCGGACAUUCCCUGCUUCACCCACCCGGCCAAGCCCACCCGCACCACCAGCAGCCAGGCCGACGAGGCCCCGCCGCCCAGCACCGACGUGGGCGACAUCUACGUGGGCACCCAGCCGGACGUCGGUUUCCUGCUGGAUGAGCCGGAGCGGACGGCGGAGGAGGCCGUGGCCGCCCAGGAAGCCAAGGAUCGUGCUCAACUGUCCCGUUCGGCCUCCGGCAAGCCGGGCCUGCAGGCGCCCCUGGUGCACAUGAGCGAGAUCUGCACCCUCACCACCCUGGAGACCCCGGUGACGCCCUCCACGCAGAUGGACCUCAUCUGCGAGUACUGCAAUACCAAAGUGCAACCGGCCGACAAUGACGUCUUUCGCUGUAAGUGCGGCCAUCGCCGACGGCGUCCGCAGCCGCAGCCUCUUCCUUUGAUUGCUCAAGCCCCCACCGCUACCGCCGCUACCGCCGCCACCGCCUCCCUGCCGCCCCCACCACCCCCGCCGCCCCUCCCGGGGCCCAGCAGCGUCCGCAGCCAGGACUCCCCGGUGGACAAGGAGAUUCUGCACAAUAAAUUCGAGAUGGCCAUCGCCUCGCAGAUCUUCCCGGACGGCCGGGCCCGUCCCCGCGACAUCAGCGCCGCCACCUUCUUCGACGUGGCCGUGAUGCGGUGUCUGUACGUGCCCCCAUGGAGUGAGGAGGGCAUGUUCUGGGCGCUGCGCUACUUCCUGCAGCGCAUCAUCGAGAUCCGCGACUACCUCCAGCGGACCUCCACCGUCCGGCAGCGCAGCAACUCCGUGCCCUCCGUCACCUCCGGGGUCAAGUCCGCCCACCAGUCCCCCAAGCACGAGGGGGGCCGGUCGAGCUCCCCCACCAGCCGGUCGACGCUGCGGGCCGAUCUGCAGAUCCCGCUGGAACGGCGGGGCUCCAAGCGACGCCGCGGGCCCUUGGGCGGGAUCGACGAGCGGCCGCGGUUCGUCGUCGGGGGACAGUCGGUGUCGCGGGAGGACACGGUGCCGACCAUGUCACCCGGGGUGCGCAAAUUGCAAGACCGCCUCUUCUCCUUCGGACUAGACGAAAUCGAGCGUACGCAGCGGACCGCCACGGGUUCACCCAUCAACUCCAACCCGGUCACACCGCGGGAGAAGAGCUUUCGCCACAAAGGCAAAUCCUUCCCGCGCAUCACCAUCACGACGGAGAACAGCCCGUCGCGGGCCUCCGUGAUGGAGGAGGACCUGUCCCACGACCGCCUGCGCAUGGAGGUGGAACUGGAGUCCGGAUUGAUCGGAUUAACCGGCGACCUAUCCACCCCCGCCGCCGCCGCCACCCCGGGCGGUCUGCCCCGCUCCAAGACGGACUCCAACAUCGCCUACCCCCUGCCCGAGUACCAGGAGGCCCGCGGCACCUGCAACCUCAUCCAGGACGACGGGGAGCUCAACUACCAGGCCCUCAUCCGGGCGGUGCUGGUGGCCUUGAACGAGCGACCAAGCCAGCGCAUCUGUGAUGUGGCCCUCACCCUCAUCGACGUCCUCCUGGACCUCCUCCUGGACGUCAAGGGGGAGGGCGAGGGGGAGCGGGUGGGAGGGGGCGGUGGGAAUUUUUGUGAUAAUCGGUUGCGUGCACGGGUGCGGCACGGAGUCGGGGUGCCGGCGGCCGGCCUGAGCAGCCGCGGCAACCCCAGCGAGUACAUGCGCCGGCAGGCCUACGCCAGCUUCCACCGGCUGCAGGCCGUCAACGAGCCGGAAGCCAAGCGCUUCUUCCGCACCAUCCUCACCAAGCAGGAACUGCGCCACAUCGUCGACUUCUGCCACGCCUUCUUCGGCAGCUGCGUCAGUCACGCCGCGCAGGACCACUCGCGCCAUUCCAAGCACACCCGCAAAUCCCUCGCCUGGGUUGCUGCUCAAGCCGCGAAACCACUGGUCAACCAACUGAUAACGAAAGCGGACUAUCUAAGAAAAUCGGAAAAUCUCGGUCUGCAGAACGAUCUGCGCCUGCUGCUGACGUACAUCAAAGAGGCCCACGAGCAGAUCUUCCGGCGCAUCGUCCUCUCCGGCGUGAUGGAGUCGCAGCAGCGCCAGCCCUCCGCCGUCCGCUCCCGCCCCCUGACCCCAACCCCCCAGCACACCGCCAGCAGCCUCACCGUCGCCGUCAACCGCAAGCCCCUCCUCCGCUACCCCCGUCUGGAGUCCAGCGACACCGAACAACACCCCCACGCAGCGGAGACGGACGCCGAGGCCCUGUCCUCCUUCGACGACGCGGCGGCCACCACCCCCUCCGCCAGCAUCCUGCGCGGCCUCUUCGCCAAACGCCCCAAGGUCUCCAUCAAACCCUUGCGCUCGCGGGAGUCCAGCGAGACCAACCUGAAGAUCGGGAACAGCAUCCGGUCACCGCGGGUCAGCAUCUCGGAGGACGAGAGCGUCGUGGCGCCGCACUCUCCGCGCGGGAAGAAGAAGCGCACCAUCCGGCAAAAAUGGCUAAAAUCCCCCAUGUCCUCGGUGGGGAGCAAGGACUCCAAGGAGGCCGGCACCGGCAUGCACCGCUCCGUGUCGCUGGUGUCGGGGGAGGGCGGGUCGCUGGCGGGGGACGCGCUGCGCCAGACCAGCUUCGAGUCCGGCGGGGUCAACUUCAACACGAAACCGCGGUUGUCCUUCAAAGCCAACAGCUCCGGGCAGAUGAAUUUAAGCCUCUUGAAACAGCGGAAGUACCACGAGUCCAGCUCCGUGGAGGACGACAGUCCACGCUCCCGGGCGGCCUUCACCCGCAAAGCCCAGAGCAGCCGCUCCCACGGCGACGACACCGUCACCAACGCGUCGUCAAAACUGGUCUUCCUGUUAAACACCAGCGCCCUGACCACCGGGAUGCGAUCCCUCGGGAGCCUCCUGGAAUUCUGCCCGCCCGGCACCGUCCCGGAGCCCUCCGUCCUGGCGGCCAUGCUGGACCUCCAAGCGCCGGUGCUGUCCCGCGCGUGCUUCCUCCUGGAAUGCGCGCAAUUCGUCCACCGCUGUAACCAAGGGAAAUGGCCCGAGUGGAUGAAACUCAACAUCCCGCAGUACCGGCAAUCCGGACCGAUUGGACGUUUAGUCGCCGCCCCCACCCCCCGGAAACAGAACAUCCUGCAGCGGACCGCCGGGAAGGUGUUCUACGAGUGGGCACGGAGUCUGAUGCUCCGGCUGGACGACAUCAUCAAGAGCGAGAACGUGGACCCGCUGGCGGUGGUGUCGCCCGACACCGUCGUGGUGGAGGACGAGGAUUUCUUCUUCCUGGGCGCCGACAACACCGAUCCCAACACGGCGCAGAACUGUCCCUUCGUCCUGAAGAUGGUGGCGUGUCAGCUGCUGAUGGAGAUCACGGCGUUCCUGAGGGAGACCUACCGGAUGCUCCCCCGGCAGAAGUACAGUACGAUUCGCGGGCAUUUGAAGAGCACGACGGGGGAGAAGCGAUUGGCUAGCCGGCGCUGGAGCUCCGUGGCCAGCACCUCGGGGACGACAUCCCACCAGAGUAUCCAGUCAUUCGCGGAUCACGGCCAGGUGCUGCUGUACCAGACGGGACAAGGACCGGGCGAGCGCCGCAUCAGUUUCAUGAUCGCCGACGACAAUCUCUCGCAACGCAGCAACUCCUCCGGUGCCGCCGAUGAAGAACGCCGGCAGCACCUCCUGAAAUCGGGCCGCGACCGGGCCAAACAACACGCCAUCGAGGGGCCCAUCGCACGGCGCUCCAGCAUCCGCCGGCGCAAAGCCUCCCAGGAGAUGGAUCUGCGCCGCGACCGGACGAACAGCAUCCGCUCACGCAAAGCCAGCAGUGUGUCGGAGCGGUCGGACGUUAGUCGUAGCAGCACCGAGGAGCUGGUGACGCCCCACGACGACCGGGACGGGGUGUUCGGACCGGCAGAGUCGACGGAGUACAGCGACAACAUGCCCUGGCUAGAGACUGUGAUUAAUCUGUGCGGACGCUUCAGUUUCGUCUGUGAUCAUAAGAAGAGCUGCACGGCGUUUUGUUUCUUCCGGGUGAUGCGCAGUUGUACAAGAUUAUGCUGGGCGUUGAAGAAGAUCCAUGGAAGUGGGGCCACGGCGCCCCCGGGAUCCAUUAAAGCUCCGACGGAGGAAGACGAGAUCAUGGAGCUGCAGGCGCACAGCGGCAGCCAGACGCCGACGACGCCGUCGAUGUCGCAGCGGAAACUGCGCAUCUUCCGCAAAGCGUCGCACUACGCCGGUCUGAGUCGGAUGAGCAAAUCGACCACGUUGGAGAAGAACGCCUCGCUAGAGUCCAUCAACAAGCUGCGCCACGAGAGCACCACGGAGAGCAAGGAGAAGGAGCGCGGCGAGGCCUCCGCGGGGGGCGGGGCCAAGGCGGAGGAGCUGCACUACUACCCGCGCGACGAGGCCGAGCUCAGCGCCAUGUCGCGCUACCUGAAGCAGCACGUGCUCAGCCUCUUCGCGGCCCCCUUCGGGGCGCUGGCCAAGGGGCUGAUGGUGAUGGACGAGAAGCAGCUGGAGCGCAUGUUCCCUAUUUGCUGGGAACUGCUCUUGGUCGACGACGAGGAAGUGGCCUCCACCACCGCCGUCUUGUGCGUCGUCUGCUCCGUCAAGAUCAGCAAGUUCGUCACCGAUUAUCUGCGCAAGGAGAUGAACCACGAGGAGGCUGAGGAGCGGGUCGAUUCCAUACUCAAGUUCCAGGCGUUGUGGCGUUACCGUUACCAAGUGUGGAUCCGGCUGGAGGACGGCGCGCAGGCCAUCAUGCGCGUGAGCCACGCCCUCAACAUCGACUACACCCUCCCCUCGCCGCUGAUCGGCCGCCCGUACGUUGACUGCCCCGACGCGCCCUGGCUGCCGCCCACCUCCAUCAAGAUCGAGGAAGUGGCCAUCAGCCAGGAAGAACAGUCUAAAAACUCCAACACCCUGGUGGCGGCCACCCAGACGCGUCGCAAACAGCUGCAGGAGUCCAUGAACAAGGCCCUGCGCGCCCAAGAAGAGCGCAACCAGCGGGAACGCGAACGGGUCAAGGUCAGCAUGCUGCCGGUGCUCAAGAUGGCCGCCAUCGAGCCCGUACCGCACCAGGUCGUGGAUGAACGGGAGAUUGAAGUGGACGAGAACGGGAUGAUCGCCGACACCGGCACGGUGGCCACGCACACCCUCACCUCGCUACCGGUGUUCCCCACGGCGCUGGGCACGGCCAUUCUGCAGCUGGUGGAUCUGCUGGAUGAUGUCGAUGUCGACAACUGCGGCAUUUCCGUGUGUGAUCUGGCCUUCCACACCAUCUGGGAAGGCAUCGUGGAGGAUGCCGUGCUGUUUCUGCGCUACGUCCUGGAAAAAGUCAGCAACAAGGAGAAGCAGGCGCUGAUCCUGCGCAAAAUCCGCAAACUACUGGCCUUCAUGCCGCGUCUGCCGCCGCAGGCCGCCUGCACCAUCUUCAAUCAUCUGCUGGGCUACUGCAUGUCCUAUGUGCGGAACCCCAACGAGAACAACUACCACGGCGUGGAAGCGGUCAUGUCGGUGAUGUGGCAGAUCGUCCCCUCCGUCGACGGGAUCUCCUUCAAGGAGAUCAAGACCAUCCUGCGCCGCGAACAGUGCGACGCCCACCUCCUCCUCACCGCCAACGUCCCCGGCGCCAAAAAGGUCAUCGUCCACGGCCCCGACCUCACCCAGAUCCCCUCGCAGAUCCCCGUCAGCGAGGACACCCAGUUCCAGGAACUCUUAACCGAAGCGCUGGAUUUCUUCUCCAUCCCACUGAACGACCGGGAGAACUACAUUUUAUGUGACCAGCGCACGGGGCGGGCGCACCAUCCCAGUGGUUACGUGAGGGACGUGUACUUUUUUCGAAGGAGUUAUUACCCGCAGCUGAAUCUGAUGCGGUCGCCGGGGACGGAGGGCUUCUCCAAGCUGCAGCUGCAGGCCUACCACAAUCUGUUUUUGGAGGCGCAAAAGGUGUUCCUGGUGCAUAGUCUGUUUCUGAGCGCGCAGGAACGCUCAGAUACCGCGGCGCAGCAACAGCAGACGCUGGUGCUGGAUGACGGGCUCACGAAGAUCCCGAAUUUCCCCCGGAAGGCGCUAGAGUGCGAUGUCAAGUUCCAGGAGGGACCGUUCGGGUCGGAGUACCUGGGGAUUGAUGUCAUGCAUAAAUACGCCUGGGUGCAGCUGGCUUCCCAUCUACUAUGCAACCUCUCCCGACCCACCUCCGAAGUCCAACUCUCCUACGCCGACAUCCAGAUGCUCUUGUCCGUUCUGAACGGCGUCCUGGUGCUCCACUGCCAGGACUCGGCGACGCUUCGCUUGUGUCUGGCGACGUGCAUCACCCUGGCACAGAACAUGAAGCACCUGUUCGCCUCCACCGGCUUCCUGCUGAUCAUGCCCACCGUCCUACGCAUGUACGCCGCCCACCAGACCAACCACCUCCUCAUCCACACCAUCGAGUUCGCCUGCAGCCAGUUCUUCCUCCUCCACCGCAACCCCUUCCUCCUCCAGAUGUUCGGCUCGGCCGCCGGGCUACUUGAAUUAAGUCAGGCCGAUACCGGAAUUAAACCGCUGAAACGGCAGCACAUGAAGAAGAUCCUGUUCUCGCUGGAACGCUUCGCGCGGCGGCCGUCCAAGGUCGUCCAGACAGCUGCCGCCACGCUGAUCCAUCAUCCCCUGGACAGUCUGGAUAUUCUCGAAAAGGUGGACGUGAAGAAGCCGCUGCAGCCGUUGGACUUUUGCUACCAGACCGACAUGGGGGAUCUCACCGCGCAGAAUAUCCUGACCUCGGCGGUGAGCAGCUGCAUCGCCGUGAUCGCCUUCGACAGCGCGGAGAGUCCGCGCGGGACGCAGAUGCUGCAGGUGCUGCGGACGCUGUUGAACGAGGAAGUGUGGUAUGACGAGAAGCCAGCGGACAGCGCCCGCACCGCCAAGGAUGAACUGCAGAAAAUCAUCUCAUUGGCCGGGAGUCUGAAAUCCCUUAUAUUCUCCUGCGAAUCCCUGACCCGACCGUUUGCUGUGCCGGUACGCUCCCCCACCGCCCCCGAGGGACGUUCCGUGGUCAUGGCGUCGCCGUCGCAUGUCGGUCGCGAUCACGAUGUGGAAGCCAACCGACCGAAGAUCAUCACCAUCCACGAGCCGCCGGAGCCGUCCAACCAACAAGCCGAGUUCAGUUACCCGCGCAACCACCUGCUGGCCAUUGUCGCCCACUUUUUGACCACGGCCAACCAGCGCAUCCGCCAUCUGAGCAAAUUCCUCGGCGAUCUGGCCACCCGCCCACCCGAACUCCUCGACGCCAAGAGCCACGUACGACUGGCGGACGUGGCGCAUACCCUGCUGAAAGUGGCGCCGUAUGAUAAGGAGGUGAUGGCCUGUGAGGGUCUGGAGCACUACAUGCUGGACAUCCUGCCCACCGUCGAUUUCUCCAUCGAAGCCAUGAAGCAGGCGCUGCAGAAUCUGCUGCGACGCAUCGAGAAGACCUUUACAAAGAUUUCCAAGGCGUCAAGCAUGCGCAAGGAGACGGAUUGGAACGCCGCGGCCAAGAUCAUCCAGGGCUUAUCCCGCACAUUAUGCACCAACAACCUGAUGGCGCUGAUGCCGCAGCUGCGCGCCAUCACGGGCACCUGCAUCCACCUGACCCUGGGGGAGGCCGCCUCGGGCGACACCGUCCUGGCCUCGCCCAUCCCCGCCGGCACCAUCUCCACCCUCCCGCCCCUCGUCACCGUCCCUGCCGUCUUCCGCGACGCCACCAUCGACCUCACCGCCAUCUACCUGCAGGCCGGCCGCGAGUACUGCAACCUCGAGCAGUUGUGCGCGCAGUUCAGCGACCGCUUCCUGCGCCUCGUCGUCUGCUUCCUCUUCCCCUUCGUCCUGCGCGUCGGGAGUGAGAGCACCGACCUCCCGCCCAUGCGCAUCGAGGACCUGCGUUACAUCGUCCGCACCCUUGUGUCGCUACUGCACCCGCCCGUGUCGAAGCAGUUGACGUCCAAACAGCUGGCCGUCAACCAGCACAUCGUCCGCACCAACAGCAACAUGUCCAACCCGCCCAGCAUCGUGCCUUCAUCGCAGCAACUGGCCGCCAGCCGCCACCAAGAAUUAUCUCGGCGCGUCGCCUUCCUCGGACUGAAAGUGGUGGUGGCGUGCUACGAAGGCCGGCUCGGAUCCGAGUGGCUGCGUCUGAGUAAAUCCAUCCAGGACUACGCCGAAAAGGGCAACGGGGGUCUGGCGUUCUGGCAGUUCCUGGAGUACACCAUCGUCCACCGCACGGCGCUCUUCGUCCACCUCGCCCCGUUGGCCCUGCGGAUUAUCGAAGCGGCGAAGAAGGAGGGCGAACAGGAGAUGCUCAUCCAGGGAAACAUCCGCCGCGCCUUAACCGGGACCAUCUCCGCCGAACGCUCCAAUGCCGAGGUCUUCGCCCGCAUCGCCCAAGAGACCACCGACCUCAUUGACGAGUUCACCCUCCUCUCGCACAUCCACCCGCCCAGCCGCUCCCCCACCCAGAUCGCCGGGGAGGAGGGCUCCCAGGGCGAGACCGAGGGGGUCUACCGCCUGGCUGAUUUCGGGCGGUUCCGCUACGGGCGCCGCAAAGAAAGUGUCCAACAGGACCGCUCGUCGUCCUCCCAGGGCGGGCGCCGCUCGCCGCCCAUCGUCAUCCCCGUGCUGAUCGAGAAAUCGGAGACCAACGCCGUGGAGAGUCGCUUGCCGGAGCGGAAACGAAGUACCUUGACGCGACAGAAAGCACAGCAUGGCGAGCACACCGGGCCGCAUCACCACCACGCGUCCAUGCGAAAGGUCAACAGCUCGGAAGUCCCGGAGGCGCUGGAGAUGGUGCAGUUAACGCGGCCGCCGCGCGAAGACAACGUCGUUCCGAACAACGUCAACAGCAAGGUCAUCACGGUGUCGGUGGUGCACACGGCACGCCCGCCGUCCAUCAAAGCCAACGUCCCAAUGCGGACGCACAGUGUGGAGUCACUGAACGACGAUGAAGAGAUUUCUCUGCUGAAAUAAUACCCGGAAUUUCGAGCCCCAUGAUUCCAUUAACAAUUAAUCGGAAUCUUAGUAAAGGAAUAAAAUUUUGCGAAAAUCUACCCAGUGGAAAUUUGACUGGAGAUUUAUUGGAAAAGAUUUUGGAAUUAUUGACGCGGUCCAUUUCCGGUGAUCCGUUGGUUGGACAACGGAGACACCGUUGACGUGCGUUUCACUACUGGUGAUUUCAAACCCGAUGCAUUCUGUUGGCAUAUGUUACAGAGAAAGGAUUUUUGAAGUUCCGUUGGAUUGUUAUGCUCUGCGCUGUCUCUUCUUCUCUCAAUUGAACUCUGCUCCAGAUUUUGUCGCCUACUGACACACACUGACACUCACACCUUCAUCUUUGAUUCGUGCUGGUUUUUUUCUUUUCAUGGUUUUCUGUGUUUACUUCUGGACGCCGGUGCCUGCGUUGUGCAGCGGUUGCCGGUGUUUUCCCCCGUUACAAUAGAUUGGUCUUUAUGGACUGGCUGACCAGUGUCUGCUCAGCCGGAUUACUUCUCCACGGGAGAAAAAAUGGGUUAAACAAUUAAAUAAUUGAUCAACAC